AUGACGACGAGUUUGGAUCGGUGGGAGAAAGAUCCUUUCUUUGCGGCUGCCGAAGAAGUUCAGGAAUCUGCAGACAGGAUGGAGUCAGCUUACAGGACAUGGAUCCAUGGGAAACAAGAUUUUUCUAAUGUAUGGAACUCUGACCAGUUUCACAGAGAUCUUCAAGCCGCUCUUGGAACCACCAAAUGGCAGUUAGAUGAGUUUCAACGAGCUGUUAAAUCUAGCUAUGAAAAUGCUUUGAGUGACGAAACUCGACAUAGGCAUCGUGAGUUUACUUUCGUUAUGGAAACUCAGGUGGCGAAAAUCGAGAAAUCGCUCAAAGAAGCGGCGCAGUCUGAUGGUAAAGGGACUCCGAGAUGGGUGCGUUUGGAUGAAGAUGAUCGUAAUGAGCUUGCCCUCUUCUUGACUGGACCAACUGAUUCCGAAAAGAAACAACUUUCGACAAAUCAUGGCAAACCAAUAAUGCCUCAUGGACAUCGAAGGACGGCAAGUGCUACUGCUGACAUUGGAGCUUGGAACAUUGCCGUUUCUGAUGACGGUUUAUUGCAUAAAACUUCAGAUGAGCCACUGGUUCGACCUCCGCGGAAAGUACCUAGCGUCUCUGGGUUCCUAAAUUAUAUGGAGCCUGGGUCCAAAAACUGCGUUAGAAAGUGGAAGGCUGCAGAUCGUCAAGGAGACGCUGAUGCUGCGUUAUUACCUAUCCAAUCGAACCAGCAAGUCAUGAAUGGAUGUUUUGAGAGAGACAAAAGCUGUAUGGAGUGUGAGGAGGACUGUUACGAUAAACAGCUUCACGGUUGGUAUGGAGCAAUACAGAGGCAACUUCAACGGUCUCAGUAUCAAAUGCGAUAUAGUAAACCUGUUCAUGCUGCAAUUUGGAUUCUUCUUUUACUUUUUCUGAUAGUGGUAGUCGCAGUUCAUACAAUGUAG